UUCAUCUCCUCCUCCUCCUCCUCUGCCUCACCUUAUCCCUACGGAGGACUCUCCUACCACAUAGACUGCGGUGGCCCCACCGACUCCGUCGACCCAUUCAACACCGCGUGGCUCUCCGACCGCUUCUUCACCGGCGGCGCCACCUCCGUCGUCUCCGAGCCCCUCCAGUUCCGCCACCCCCAGGAGAAGACCCUCCGCUACUUCCCCCUCUCCGCUGGCAAGAAGAAUUGCUACAUCAUCCCCAAUUUGCCCUCCGGCCGCUACUACAUCCGCACCUUCACCGUCUACGACAACUACGACGGAAAGUCCCACUCUCCCUCCUUCGACGUCUCCGUCGAGGGCACUGUGGUCUUUUCCUGGCGCUCCCCUUGGCCCGAGGACCUCGCCCGCACCGGCGCCUACUCCGAUCUCUUCGCAUUCGUCUCCGACUCCGAGGCCGAUGUCUGCUUCUACAGCAUUGCCACCGACCCUCCCGUCAUCGGAUCUCUCCAGCUCAUCCGGGUCGACCCCGCCUCCUACAACGCCGUUUCCAUCGGCCAAAACUACAUUCUCGUCAACUACGGCCGCUUCACCUGCGGCUCCGAACAGUUCGGCCCCGGCUUCAGCAACGACACCGAUCUCUUCGGCCGCUCAUGGCAAAACGACAAGGACGUCCGAUCCACCGACGACGAUUCCACGGUCCGAUCACUGUCCACAAGAAACACCAUUGCCAACACGGACCAGAGCCCUAACUAUUUCCCGAUGAAAUUGUACCAGACAGCGACGUUAGUCGCCGGCAAAGGAGUGCUGGUGUACGAAUUGCAGGUGGACGCGAAGCUCGAUUACUUGUUGUGGUUCCAUUUCGCAGAGAUCGAUUCGAGCGUGACCAAGUCGGGGCAGAGAGUGUUCGAUAUACUCAUCAAUGGCAAGAAUGUGAAUCGAAUUGACAUAUUCAAGGAGGUCGGGAACUUCGCGGCUUAUUCAUGGAGUUACACUGUCAAGAAUUUGAGCAGCACGGUGCUGAGCGUGAAGCUUCAGAGUGUGGCGGGUGCUGCGUUGAUCAGUGGGCUUGAGAACUACGCUCUGGUUCCGGCUGAUGUUGCGACGGUUCCAGAACAAGUGGUUGCUAUGAGAGCAUUGAAGGAUUCACUUCGCAUUCCUGAUAGAAUGGGGUGGAAUGGUGAUCCUUGUGCUCCUACGAAUUGGGAUGCUUGGGAGGGAGUUACAUGCCAUCUCAAUAAGAAUGAAACUGCCCUCGUCAUAUCUCGAAUUGAUCUUGGAAGUCAAGGCUUGAAAGGGUUUAUCAGUGACCAGAUUAGUCUCUUGUCAAACUUGGCAAGCCUGAACUUGAGCUCUAAUUCUUUGGGGGGCACAUUACCAUCUGGUCUAGGCCAAAAUUCUCUCAACAAGCUGGAUUUGUCAGACAAUCAAUUUUCCGGGUCUAUACCACAGAGUUUAGCCACUUCAGAUCUCCAGCUUGUGCUAAUGAAUAAUAACUUAUUGGAAGGCCAAGUACCAGAGGAGUUGUAUUCGAUUGGUGUGCAUGGUGGAUCUAUUGAUCUCUAUGGUAACAAAGGUUUAUGUGGGGUACCAUCUUUGCCUGAUUGCCCUCUAUUUUGGGGAAAUGGUGGCUUAUCUAAGAAGGGUAAAAUUGCAAUAGCCGUAUCAUGCGUUUUUGGUUUCUGUCUGCUGCUGUUGGUGUUAUACAUAAUCUGCAUCCGAAGGCGUAGGAAUGAUUAUGACUUUGGCCUACCUCAAGACUUAAUGUCACUUGCUGCUAAGAGAAACAGAUAUCAGAGACAGAAGUCCUUGAUGCUUCUUGAAAUGGAGAGUCAACAUGCCAAGGCAUUAACACCUUUUACUCCCCAGUAACGAAGUGCUUUCUCGAAGAAGAAAGUUGCAAACUUAACACUCACUUACCAAGAAGACAUACAAUGAGGAACUUGAUUGUGUUUUGUACAAAGUUCUCGGUCAUGAUGUGGACAGCAGCACCCCUGCUUCUGAGUCGGCUUCAUGGUUUUUGCAUUUUGGAACAAUUGUUCAGGCAUGAAGUCUUCCCGAAGCCAGUCCGCAGAAUACGAUGGAUCAAAAUUUUUGACUGACGAAAGAAAUGCAUAAGGCCCCAGCCAUCUUAUACCAAAGUCUCAGCAUUUGUUGGAUAUAUUGAUGUAAAUUUAUAGUUAGAGUGCAUGAAAUGGAACUCACAAUUCUACCAACUGGUCGCUGUUUCAUUGUUACUGAUUUCUGGUCUAAUUUCCCCCUCCCACGCUAAAUCUACAUGCACUGACUGAUCUUUAGCCAGAUUAGUAUUUGCCUGCGGAAAUGUGUAAUUUUUGUAGUGGAUUUUCAUAACGCUAUUUUAAGCAACUGGCAGGCUUGUGUCUUUUUGAUGAAUAAUUGAGGUAAACACCUGAAAAUAUAGGCUUGUUCUUUCAC